AGAGAAUAGUAGAAAUUAAAAUUAGAAAACUGACAGACCAUAGAGGCAAGACUGGAAGUAUCAAGCCUGCACUGAGUCAGCAAUAGUUGUCAUGAGGUCAGAAUCUCAAACUUUUCCUCUGAAGAUCAUAUCACCCCAGGACUGAUUAACUCCAAGGAUGAAAGAAUGGGGAAAAUACCAUCUCUUAUCUUUCUAGAAGAAUCAGAUGUAGUCAUAAGACAUGUUCUGGAAAAAUAGCACUCUUUUAAAUCACAGUUAAUCCAGUCCCAUAUAUUGAUUCCUGAGAGGUCAAAGCAUUAAGGAAAUGUGGUGUAAGCCAGGCAAGUUAAACUCUAUAGCAAUGAUGUACCUGGAGCUGUUAUCAUACAGUUUGCCCUAAACCAUUCAGAAGUUGUACUCCAGCAUCUGGUAAAGUGCUUUGUAAGCAAGACUGCUGUUACACCAGAGAAUUCUUUUUAAAAAGUAGGGAAGGCAGUUCUAGAAAGAGGAGUCAAGGGUGCUCAUCCUCUCAUCCUUUUGGGACUAAAGGUAUCAGCAAUGGAGCUCUCUCAGAAGUCCAAGAAGUGGUCCCAACCUGGGACUGGGUUGCCCUGCUGCAUGGGAUGACUGCAGUGUAGUCAGUCAUGAGAGCACCAAACUUUCUUCCCAGCUGGGCAUCCUCACUCACACCUUCUCCAGGUCGUUCAGAAGGUCACCUAUUCCUACAGGCCUACCAGAAACACAAUCUAGAUUUUCAGAGUAAAGUCCGAAAAGCACAUAUAUACCUGACUCCACACACAUACUCAAAACACCAUGGCAAUAGUGUCACACUCACCUGAAUUAAGAAACACACACGUUGUUCCACAGCACAGCCAUCCAAACCUGUGGAUAGUCUCAUAUACUGUCACUAACAUAUCUUCCGGACCAAGUGGACAUACUUAGGGACUUGGGCCCACACAGAGAGAGGAGGAAACAUGAAAGCCCAAGGGCCUCUCACGUGGCCUUGCCGUAAGGUAUAAUACCUCUUACAGCAGAUAGGGGCAUAAGCUAUCCUCCAAUGGCUAGGCAGGAAAGCAGGCACCCAGCUAGUGACCUCAGGUUAAAAGUCAGAGCACUAUUAGAAAUAGUGCAGGCUCAGCCAGAAAAAUUUCCUGGCACCUUUUUCCCUGCUUUUUCUGAAGAUUCUAGACUUUGAUGAUUGCCUACCUUAUGAGGGAAAAUUUCAACACAAUGUUUCAGGGACCAGAACUGAACAAGACACAGAAGGGAGAGCAUGAGACUAUCAGGUGCUUUUCUGGAAGGAAACUCUAAUGAACUCCUCUGAGGUCUCUCUGGUGGUCAACUUAUUCAGAUGGAAGACUGGAAGGAGGGAAAACAGCAACUCUCUUCUCUUCCUAUCCAGGAUUUGAUUUUCCCUGAGGAACCAUCAGGGAAGGAUAGGAGGUGGCAGGUGAGGGUUGGGAUACAUCCAAUAUUUAAAAAGAACUUCAUCUCUUGCACACUCUCCUCUUUUCACCUCAGGACACGUGGAAUUCACAUUCCCCUUUGGAUUUUAUGGGGAGAAACAUACAUCCAAACAGGACUGGGAAUGUCAGAAGAGGUCUCUUGGGAUCCAAGAUAGAGGAGUGGGAAUAGACUGUUUCUCUUGCUUAUCAGGGAAGCAGUAAUCCCCCGUGGGUUGGAAAGAACACCUCUGGCGGACAUUAGCAACCUAGGCAUGUCCUAGACAAGGCCAAGACAUGAAAGCCACCAUGACUUGGGUGAGAGAGUCCAUUCUUCAGGUAAAAAGGCCCAAGAAUAGAUGGUGCUAUGGGAUCUAAUUGGGUUGUAUUGUGAUUACACAGCACCUGUUGCCUGUUAUCCCUUUGUCUUCAGUAUGGAAACAUCCACUUCCCUAGGAAUUUCAAAUAAAUCCCAUCCCUCUACUCCCCAAACAUUAGGAGACCCAUUAGCAGCAAGAUGUUCAGUUCCAACCCAGAAGUUCCUUCAGAACACAUUUCCCAGAGAGAUCCACCGGUUCAGCCCCCUGUCCCCAAUUGGUGCCAAGAGAAGAUGGAAGAAAGCACUAACCUGUCUCUGAGGUUCCCCCCGCAAAGGGAGGAAACCACCCGGUACAGGAGUUUGGGGUUGGAGGGACUCCCCUCUUCAGAGGCUGAUGACCAGUCUCAUCCUCAGUGCCUCUUCCUGUGCUUGGCUGAGCCUCCCAAGCUGGAGAGGGGAACUGGGUCUCCUGAAGAUGAGGAGCCGAGGGAGCAGGAGGAGGGGGAGGAGAAGGAGGUCCUACCUGGGGAAGGUGGCACACCCCCCACACCCUGCCUGUUGCCCAGGGGAGGAGGGGAGGAGCCUCUCCUAACCAGGAGUUGUCUCCUCCCCCUUGGGGGAGUCCCCCUCCCCCCCAAACUGGAUCUUUCGGGGGCGGAGGGCUCUGUCUGUCUGCUGGAGGUCUGGGAGGAGGGGCUCUACCCCGUUCCACUGUCUAGGCACACGGAAGUGGUAGGCAGAGGGCUUCCCCUCUCCAGGAAGGCUGAGAGCCGAUGGGAUCCUCUUCGUUCCCUGGAACGUCCCCCGCUGUCCUACUCUGGAGGAAGAGAUCUAGAGGACCAAGGUUUCAAAACCAAUCCGGACAAAUGGGCAAAUAGUUCACAAGAGCCUAUCUUGAAAAAAUCAGUCAUGGCAAAGUAUAAGACUAGAACCAAGGUUCGGAAUCUGGAGAUGAGGAGCCCUGUGGGAAUGGGCUGGGAGGCCCAGCAGCCCAGUUCCACCUUAAGAGGACUCAGCCUCUCCCCAAACCAGCAGCUGGGCUCCUCCCACCCCCGUGUCAGCCCGGGCCGGGAACGUGGAGGAGGGAGGAGAGACGCACUGAAUGGAAAGAUUGGCGCCAGCCGCUGCGGGAUCUCUGCGGCCUCGGGAGCCGCAUGUGACGUCCCUGACCAUUAG